UCCAAGGGAAACGGAAAGCGUCAACAGCUGCGACACGAUCCGAACGUGCAGGAGUUGCAGUCAGGGACCAGAGGUCGAUUUAAUUUCUUAAUUUCUUAAUUUCUUAAUUUCUUUAUCUUGAAUGGAGAGUCUCGGAGUGUCGUCAGUCCAGAGCCUCCGGGCGCUGUCUGCCCUGCUGUCAUCUCAACGGGACGAUGAUGAAGAGGAGGAUGAAGGAGGAGAAGGAGGCAAAAAGGUGGCGGCCAUUGCACAGCUGGGUCCUGGACACAUUGGACCCUCGCCCAAAAAAGACAAAGAAGUGACGACUGCCUACAUGAAGAAGAGCAGCAAAGACAUCUGGAGCGAGGAAGAGGUGGCGGAGGGCUCCCACUACGAUGACCUGGCUGACCCGCGGCCGCAGCCCGAAUAUGAAAUAAUCCUGAAGCAGAGUGUGGGGACAGAGGAUCUGUUCCUGGGCCUGAGUGGAAAGGACCCGUCCUCCAUGUGCUGUGAAGCCAUGCUGGUGAAAAUCAAACUGCCAGACACUAUGGCAACAGAUGUGGUCCUGGAUGUAAAAGAGAAGUUCCUUGAUCUACGGACGCCGAAACACAAACUGGGUCUCCAUCUCCCGCGUGCCAUCCACAGCCAGGAGGGCAAGGCUCAGUUCUUCAGUGAGCGAGGGGAACUGGAGGUGACGCUGUUACUGAAACGCUCCAUGGAUUUUAUCAACACGCAAUAAGGCAGAGUGAGAAACUUCCCACAAGUAUUCAGAGGAAACAGGUAAAGGUGUGACACCAUGUCAACAGUGGAGAUUAUUACUUACUGCCUUGUUUAUGUGUUCAGGAGAAAAAGGGGGGGUAGAGAAAGGAUCAGUUUGAAUCCUGAAUAUUCCCAUUUGAAUUCAAGUGUUAAUAUGUGUCACCCACUGAUUCUGAAUAUGAAAAUUUGUGAGCAAUGGUUUGUUCUAAUAAAUUCUUAUUUGUA